AUUAUCCCUGCUUCGUUGGGUGGAUGUCCUUUCCGUUGGCCUAGACAGCCAUACGCCAUCAUGGGCGACCAAGUGAGAGAGCUAGAGUUGCUGAAGGCAGCCGCGAGCAACCAUCGAUCGCAACUUCAAUCAGCUCGCACCAAGAAGGAAGCUCUGUCAUUAGCAGUCAGCGCAGCCGAAAAUCUGAUGAAAGCCGUUAAGCUUGCCUCGAAUUCAGCAGAGAAGCAAGAUUUGAAGUCGCAGUUUUCCGCUGUUAUUGACCUCGCAGACCGUAUCAAAUCGUCCCAAGAGUGGCCUCCCUCUCUUUCAAUGUCAGAUGAGCAUUCGUCGUCGCUGCUCUCUCCCUCAGAGUUACCGGUGCAGCCACUUCAAACCAGAGACGCCGAAGUUAAUUCAUGGGUAAAAAACGUGUCGCAGGCUGCUGGAGCCGCUACAACAGUCGACGAGAACGUCCCACAUACAUAUACUUCGUCGACCAGUCAUUCAGCAACCGCUUGGGUUCAUUCCAGACCAGACGACCAGUCCACCUCGGAUUUCAUACUCUCCUAUCGUAGCGCGCCACCUCGCAAUCCAAUAGUCGACGUAAGUGGCGAGAGGACCCAAACAAAUUUGCCAACCCUUUCUUCCCUUCCGCGAGGUGCCUCCUCUCCACCAACCCCUGCCAUUGUCCCGUACUCUCAUAUUCGUAAGUUAGUGGAACCGCUUUCCACUCGCAAACGAAGCAAGAAGGAGGAGAUUAUUCUUCUAAAAGCUUCCGUCGUGAAUGGGUUCAAAUGUCCACCCUGGGAUAGAGUUCCUGCAUCGUCUGAGUUCACUGCGAAUCAGCCUGGCCAACUGUUCGUGGACACACACGAUCUGAGUCUUUCUACUUUUCAACAACAGUUUUUCGGUGAAUGGGCUCGCCCCUCCCAGGCUUUGCCUCCACCUUCCAUGAUCACAGGUAACCGGAUUGGUUUGGGACCUUUAAUGUCUACGGCUCGCUCCCUAGAUCUAGUUCAGGACGCUUCAACAGAUUGUUCAGUAGUAGCCAGCCUUUGCGCAGGAGUUGCACGCGCCGAGCGUGGUCAUGAAGAGAUCCUUUCCAACAAGCUGUACCCAUUCGACAAGAACCUGGGUAGGCCUGUGAUGUCUCCAAACGGAAAGUUUAUUGUUCGCCUUAACUUCAACGGUUGCUGGAGAAAAGUCAUAAUUGACGACCGCCUCCCUUUGUCGAAGACUCACAGACUGUUGCACGUAGUAGACCGGCGCCAGCCAGGGCUUCUGUGGCCAGCAUUGAUUGAAAAGGCGUAUCUCAAAGUUCGCGGUGGCUAUGAUUUCCCAGGAAGCAAUUCUUGCAGUGACUUAUGGACGAUGACGGGGUGGAUUCCCGAGCAGAUCCACCUACAAGAGACAGAUCUAGUCCCUGACCAACUCUGGAAGCGGAUAUAUAACGCGUUCAUGUAUGGCGACGUGCUCGUGACGUUGGGGACUGGCCAAAUGUCCAGUCGUCAGGAGCGCGAACUCGGGCUCGAGGGUCAACACAGCUAUGUUGUGUUGGACAUGAGAGAAACGGACCAUGAAAAACUAUUUCUUGUCAAGAAUCCCUGGGUCGAAGGUCGAGGAUGGCGGGGGCCUCGUCCAUCGGUGGGUCCUGCUAUAGAAACUUCAACUACAAGCGGAGAGUCCAAAAGCACCACAGAGGCGUAUCACCAGGACAGCAUUCCUUCUAAAGAUCGACCACAUCCGACUACUUUCUACAUCGGGCUAGAGCAAGUAAUGCGACAUUUUGAGAGUCUAUAUUUAAACUGGAACCCCGGUCUUUUUCGACGUCGGCAAGAUAUACAUUUUGACUGGACCAUUGAGGGCACAGAAGGCGACAGCACUUGUAUCGUUGGAAACCCCCAAUUUUCCUUCUCGGCGAAAGUUGGAGAGACUGUCUGGUUUCUCUUGACGCGUCAUUUCCGGGACACGCCUGAUCACCUCAAGGACGUUUCGGAUACAUUCAACGAUGGAAGUAUUCGCCCUGGAGCGCAGACGAAUUCAGCCGGAGAUCCACCUCUGGGCUAUAUGAGCAUAUACGUAUGCGAUGCAGGUGGGAAUCUGGUGUAUGUCAAGGAAUCAUGCUUGGAGAAAAGUGAUUACGUGACCACUCCUCAAUGCCUAUUACGAUGGGAUACCGACUCCCGCUCUCUCUACACAGUGGUCAUUGACCAGGAAGCAUUGCCGGCUUCAUCAUACAGCUUUACACUCUCGGCGUUUUGCAAUUCAGAGAUUACACUGGAACCAGCAACCCGACAAUACCCGUUUCAAAAGACAUUGGAUGGUGCUUGGACCAAACAUAGCGCGGGUGGCAGCACGAGUUCUGUGAAGUAUUUCGAGAACCCUCAAUAUCUUCUGGAAGUGAAGAAGAAGGGGCCACUUGCGCUACUCCUAACCAGUACCGACAAAAAGAAUCCAAUGCACGUCAAACUAGCUUUGGGCUACGGCAAGCGAAUGUACCGACUUCAAAGCCGCGAUGUGCUUCUGGACUCAGGCGAUCACCGUGAGCGAUGUGUGUUCGCAGAAACAAAAGAACUGACACCCGGGCUUUACACAGUCAUAUGCUCCCUUUUCGAGGAGGGUCAGACUGGCGACUUCACACUGCGGGUAGACAGCACAGAGGAAGUGGUCCUCAAGCCGAUCCCUCGCGAUGGUGCGGGCUUGAUGUGCAAAAGGCUCGCUAUGGCCAGCUUUGGACCGGAUGUAAACAAGGUGGUUGCUCCUAUUGUAGCGCAGCGGCUGGCAGCAUACACAAUUGUUGCUCGCUUUCACAAGGCAACCGCACCACGGGCGAGCGGCGGACACCCGGUAGGUCGCAGUCCCUUCCGAUUCAGUGUGGAAGUGGGCAGUGGCCCCGAACGUAAAUUCUUGAUCAGCAGCGAACAAGGACAGUAUGCAGACUCGGCGAUUGUUCGCUCAGAGGCAACGAACAUCGACCCAUCUCUUUACAAGCCGGGCGAUUUGUGGCUGGUGCUUGAUCGGCUGUCCGGGCCUGGCGGACCGGUAGAAGAGUACUACGAAGUCGAAGUAUACACGGACGUGCCUGAGGCAUGCUAUGUUGGAGUAUGGCGCAGCUGGGAGGAUUAG